AUGGCAAACCCGGCGCUCACCGCAAGCGAGCUGGCCUGGAUCUUGCAGAACGCGAAGCCGCAGGCCAUCGUGACCACUCUCGACGGCUGGAAAACUCUCCGGAGGGCCAUCGAGGAACUGUCAGAUAAUGUUGUAAGGCAGACCCUUCUUCGUGAUGACCGCAUCUUCACCGUCGACCCCACAAGCGACCCCUACGGCACAGCUUCGCACACGCCAGGUCCCCCUCCUCCAGGAGCCCGAGACUGGAAAGCCCUUCUCUCCUCCCCGCCCCUCAAAUCCCCCAUCCCCUUCACUCCCUCCGAAUGCCUCGCCCGCACCGCCGUCAUCAUUUGGUCCUCCGGCACAUCCGGCAAAUCCAAAGGCGUGCAGCUAUCGCACGCAGCCCUAACAACCUCGCUUGCCGCGCUGUGGCAUAUCAGCACAGGCUUUGAUGGCGACGAGCGCUGGCUCGCCUUCGUGCCCUUCUUCCACGUCUUCGGCCUCACAAACGUGCUGCUGCUGGCCGCGUGCUGCGGCGGGACGGCGCUCGUCAUGCCCAAGUUCGAGCCGCGCACGCUGCUGGGCUAUGUGCAGAGACACAGAGUCACGUUUCUGCACAUGGCGCCGCCCGUUGCGGUGCUGCUUGCGAAGAGCCCGAUGCUGGAUGAUUUCGAUGUGAGCAGCGUGAGGGGCGGGGUCAGCGGGGGCGCGCCGCUGGGCAGCGAGGUCAUCGAGACGGUGCACAAGAGGCUCGGCUUUCCGGUCAAGCUGGGGUACGGCAUGUCCGAAGCGCCGUCACUGUGCCACCAGGUGGGCGACACGUGGGAGGAGCUCCAGCCGCAGCUCGGCAGCACCGGCGUGCCGCUCUACGGCGUCGAGAUCAAGAUCGUGCCGUCCGACUCCGACGGGGCCGGCGCUGUGCUGAAGCGGGGCCGGGAGGGCGAGAUCCUGGUCCGCUCGCCCAGCGUCAUGAGCGGCUAUCUCAACAACGGCGCCGCGACGGCCGAGGCGUUCACGCAGGAUGGCUGGCUGCGGACGGGCGACGUCGGCAAGAUCGACGAUAGCGGCUUCCUUUGGAUCACCGACCGCCUCAAAGAGGUCAUCAAGGUCAAGGGAUUCCAGGUCUCGCCGUCGGAGCUGGAAGCCGUGCUCUGCGCGUCCCCCCUCGUUGCCGACGCCGGCGUCAUUUCUGUCUUCGACGCCGCGCAGGCGACGGAGCUGCCGCGCGCCUAUGUCGUCCCGACUGAUACGACGCUGCUUACGCAGCAUGUGCUGGGGGAGACAGAGGCCUCGCCUGAAUUGAAACGGCUGGGUGGUGAGGUGAGGAAGUGGGUCGAGGGCAGGACGGCGCAUUACAAGUGGCUUCGAGGCAAUGUGGUGUUUGUACUUCAGAUACCGAAGACGCCCUCUGGGAAGAUACUACGGAGGUUGCUCAAGGACACCAAGGGCGUCGAUGUCUGCAUCUACCCGGAGAAGGUGCAGCCAGUGAGAGCGAAGCUGUAG